AUGUACAAAGAGAUUAUUGUCGUCUUUCGUAUUCUUAUCGUUCUCAAGGCUGUCCUCCCCCCCAUAUACACAUAUCUUCGUGACCCCAAAGGUCUGAAGCGCUUCCCUGGAGUGUCAGUCGCUCCCUUAACUAAUCUCUGGGGAGUAUGGAAGCAAUAUCUUUGUACACGUACCGUGGCAGUUCAUAAAGCACACCUCAAAUAUGGCAGCAUUGUUCGAGUCGGGCCAACCCACCUCUCCUUUUCAACGCCUGAAGCCAUCCGCGACAUCUACGGCCACGGAACACCAGCACUGAAAGAUGAUUUUUACCAGACAUUCGACUCAACUCACCUCAACGUAUCUGAUGCUCAGGAUAGAGAUAUCCAUAAUAUCAAACGAAAGCGAUUUGCCAAUGCCUUCUCCCAGAAACGUAUCGGUGAGCUCGAGCAUGUGGUUCAAGACCACCUGCAGCGUGUCUUUCGCAUACUGGACUCUUCCAAGGGGGAGGAAGUGGACAUGAAGCAGAUAAUGAUGCACCUCAUGUACAACCUCAUCUUUGACAAUUUCUUCCACCACGACCCCCACUUCAUAGAGCGAGGAAGCACUAGUGUCACUAUCAAAACACCGUCCGUGUCCCCAUACAAAGGCGAAAUUCACCAUCUGCUUAGUAGCGCCUUGCACAUCUCCACCAGCCUCGGAUGGGCACCAAAGGCCAGGGCCAUGCUCAAGCAUCUAACCUGCUGGCAUCCAGGCUGGAAGCACGGUACCCAGCUUCAACACAUCACCACGCACUUUGUGCGCGAACGAGUAAACAUGGACAUUGAGCGAGUGGACGCAGGUCUCCCGCCACUAGACGAUCUUAUGGCCACGCUCCUUUGGGACAGAAACCGCGAGCAUCCUCUGUGUUUGGAGCUGGGUGAACUAGUGACAGAGGCCCAAAACCUCUUCAGUGCUGCGGGCGGCAACACCGAAAUCGCUCUGACCAACAUCAUCUGGUACCUCGCCAACAACAAACACGUAGUCCGACAUCUUCGUGCGGAACUUGCAGAUGCACUUCCACCACACAAUAAUUCAUCAAGCCCCAUACCAUAUGACCUCGUCAAGAACCUUCCCUAUCUCCGUGCCUGCAUAGACGAAGGCCUACGUCUUCGUCCCUCCAUCCCCGGUGGUCUUCCUCGCGUUGUCCCGAAGGGAGGUAUGAUGGUGUCUGGCGAGUGGUUAGAAGAAGGUACUACCGUAUCUGUAUCCACGUAUACCGUCCACCGUGAUCCGGAUAUCUUCGGUCUCGAUCCCGAGCGGUAUAUCCCUGAGCGGUGGUUGCAGCCUGGGUCGCGUGAUAUGCAGCGCGGGUUCCUGGCUUUCUCACAGGGAGGAAGAGGAUGCCUGGGACGGAAUAUUGCUUAUUUUCAGAUGCAGUUGGUUAUUGCGGCGUUGGUCUGGAGGUAUGAUCUUACCUUAAGGGAGGAAGGAUGGGAGUUGGAGACUAUGGAGACGUUUAGUGCGCACACGGGGAGCUUGCCUGUUGUUGUCACGAGACGGGAGUAG